AUGAUGAGUAUAACCAUGAGCGCUACCCGCCUAGGGGACCCCAGCAAGCGUGCAUUUGCCUACUUUGUGCUGAGUGGUGGGAGGUUCAUUUACGCAUCUUUGCUGCGACUUCUCAUCUUGAAAUUCGUCCUGAGCAUGUCAGCAAGUAAGGAUGUUCUCGCACUUGCCUCUCUUGAGGUUGACAUCUCAAGCAUUGAGCCUGGCACCACAGGAACUGUGAAGUGGCGUGGCAAGCCGGUCUUCAUCAGGCGGAGGACAGAGGAUAAUAUCAAGUUGGCCAACAGUGUUGAUGUCGCGUCCCUCCGCCACCCAGAGCAGGAUGCAGAGCGCGUCAAGAACCCCGAAUGGCUGGUCGUCAUUGGGGUCUGCUCUCACCUGGGCUGCAUCCCGCUCCCCAAUGCAGGAGACUUUGGCGGCUGGUUCUGCCCGUGCCACGGCUCACACUACGACAUCUCUGGUAGGAUCCGCAAGGGCCCGGCACCCUUCAACCUGGAAGUGCCGACAUACAGCUUCUUGGAAGAGAAUAAGCUUCUCAUCGGCUGA